AGUAUAUUUGCUUUGUAUUAGUGAAUUCUGAACCCUUACAACUACUCCCAAGGGGAGUAUUUAUAGAGAAAAUUAGGGCUGGGCUUCCAAGUCUUGGGCUUGGGAGGCCCAUUUACAAUAGGGCCACUAAUGGGCCGGAUACAAAGUGUAUAGAAAUGAUAAGUAUAAAAUCUCGUUCUAGAGGCUAUCUAUGGCCGAUGAGGGCAUGGCCGAUGAGGGCAUGGCCGAUGAGGUCACCCGGUUCUCCUGACUUCUGGAUCAUAUUCUGGGUGGCCUUCUUUCUGGCCGAUGAGGGCUUGGCCGAUGAGAGCAUGGCCGAUGAGGGCACCCGGUUCUCCGGGCUUCUGGAUCAUAUUCUGAGUAGACCUUUUCCUGGCCGAUGAGGGCAUGGCUGAUGAGAGCAUGGCCGAUGAGGGCACCCGGUUCUCCGGGCUUCUGGGUCAUAUUCUGAGUAGACCUUUUCCUGGCCGAUGAGGGCAUGGCCGAUGAGAACAUGGUCGAUGAGGGCACCCGGUUCUCCAGGCUUCUGGAUCAUAUUCUGAGUAGAUCUUUUCCUGGCCGAUGAGAGCAUGGCCGAUGAGGGCAUGGCCGACGAGGUCACCCGGUUCUCCUGACUUCUGGAUCAUAUUCUGGGUGGCCUUCUUUCUGGCCGAUGAGGACAUGGCCGACGGAGGUACCACUUGGUAGUCCUUGCUUUUUAUUGCUUUCUGGAUGAUUUCAUGCAUGUGGAGGCCGAUGUAGUCCCCCAGUCCCCCACUCCUCGAGGCUCAUGUAGUGAGGUGAAGAGGAGUAGAGCAAUACACGUUUUCAAUAGGGGGCCGAGUGUCGACACCUUUUGAUCCACAAUGGGGCGGUGCCUCGUUAAAAACCUCAUUAGGAAAACCCCUGUGGGAAAAAAUCCUAAUGAGGGAAAAAGAGCACACCGGAUCCCCCAAAAUGAACUCCAAGGGGUGAACCCUUCGGCCUAGGUGUGGAGCUGAAGCGGUGUCCGUCUGAUGAGGGGACGCCCGCCUGGAGGUGAGGACGACGACGCUGAUGAGCCGGUCCGAAUAUGAGGACGAGGCGAUGGAUGCCUGUCUGAAUGUGAGGACGACAAUGGUAAUGAUCCAUGCGUCAUAUGAAGGCGACGGUCGCUGUCCAGGAAGGGAAUUGCGAGCCCGGUCGCUAUAACAGUACCUCGGCGUUGGGAGCCGAUCUCGAAAUAUGAGGACGACGGCACUGGGGGGCCGGUCCGAAAUCCAUGCAACGGUCGCCAUCCGGUAAAGGAAUGGCUACGACCGGUCUUAAGAUAGAGCAUCACACCAUGGCCGAGGGGCUGGUCGUGAUGUGAAGACGACGGCGAUGAGGAGCCGUUCCUACAAUCCAUGCAACGGUCGCCAUCCGAUAAAGGAAUGGCUAAGACCGGUCUUGACAUAGAUGAUCAUGCCAAGGCCGAGGGACCAGGCGUGACUUGAGGAUGACGGCUAUGAUGAAGCCGAUCCAAGUAAAUGAUGACGAGGCGUUGGUGAAGUCGUGCGUCAUGUAGUGGCGAUGGUCACCAUCCAGGAAGGGAUGGUGAGCCCGAUCGCUGGCUCAAGACUCUCGGCGCUGAGGAAGCCGGUCUUGAGAUAGAUGAUCAUGCCUUGGCCGAGGGGUCGGGCAUGAUUUGAGGACGACGGUGCUGAUGAAGCUGGUCCAAAUAAAUGAUGACGAAGGCAUUUGAUGAAGCCGUUCGUCGUGUAAACUCAAGGCUCUCGGUGUUGAGGAUACCGGCCUUGAGAUAGAUAAUCACGUUGAGGCCGAGGGGCCGUUCAUUUUGAGGACGAGGGUCGCCAUCCAGGAAGGGAAUGGCGAGCCCGCUCGCUGGCCCAAGACAUUCGGCGUUGAGGAGGCCGGUUUUGAGACGAAGGAUCACGUUGAGACCGGGGGGUCUUCCGUGAUCUGAGGACGACGGCGCUGAUGAAGUCGCUUCUCGUAUGAAGGCGAGGGUCGCCAUCCAGGAAGGGAAUGGCGAGCCCGCUCGCAAGCUCAAGACGCUCGGCGCUGAGGAGGCCGGUCUUGAGAUGAAGGAUCACGUUGAGACCGGGGGGUCUGCCGUGAUCUGAGGACGACGACGUUGAUGAAGCCUCUCCUCAUAUGAAGGCGAGGGUCGCCAUCCAGGAAGGGAAUGGCGAGCCCGCUCGCUAGUUCAAGACGCUCGGCGCUGAGGAGGUCGGUCUUAAGAUGAAGGAUCACGUUGAGACUGGGGGGUCUGCCGUGAUCUGAGGACGACGACGCUGAUGAAGCCGCUCCUCAUAUGAAGGCGAGGGUCGCCAUCCAGGAAGGGAAUGGCGAGCCCGCUCGCUAGUUCAAGACGCUUGGCGCUGAGGAGGCCGGUCUUGAGAUAGAUGAUCACGCCUUGACCGAGGGGUCGGGCAUGAUUUGAGGACGAUAGUUCUGAUGAAGCCGCUCCUCGUAUGAAGGCGAGGGUCACCAUCCAGGAAGGGAAUGGCGAGCCUGCUCGCUAGCUCAAGAUGCUCGGCGCUGAGGAGGCCGGUCUUGAGAUGAAGGAUCACGUUGAGACCGGGGGGUCUGCCGUGAUCUGAGGACGACGACGCUGAUGAGGCCGCUCCUCCUAUGAAGGCGAGGGUCGCCAUCCAGGAAGGGAAUGGCGAGCCCGCUCGCUAGCUCAAGACGCUCGGCGCUGAGGAGGCCGGUCUUGAGAUGAAGGAUCACGUUGAGACCGGGGGGUCUGCUGUGAUCUGAGGACGAUGGCGCUGAUGAGGCCGCUCCUCCUAUGAAGGCGAGGGUCGCCAUCCAGGAAGGGAAUGGCGAGCCCGCUCGCUAGCUCAAGACGCUCGGCGCUGAGGAGGCCGGUCUUGAGAUGAAGGAUCACGUUGAGACUGGGGGGUCUUCCGUGAUCUGAGGACGACGGCGCUGAGGAGGCCGCUCCUCCUAUGAAGGCGAGGGUCGCCAUCCAGGAAGGGAAUGGCGAGCCCGCUCGCUAGCUCAAGACGCUCGGCGCUGAGGAGGCCGGUCUUGAGAUGAAGGAUCACGUUGAGACCGGGGGGUCUGCUGUGAUCUGAGGACGACGGCGCUGAUGAGGCCGCUCCUCGUAUGAAGGCGAGGGUCGUCAUCCAGGAAGGGAAUGGCGAGCCCGCUCGCUAGCUCAAGACGUUCGGCGCUGAGGAGGCCGGUCUUGAGAUGAAGGAUCACGUUGAGACCGGGGGGUCUGCUGUGAUCUGAGGAGGACGGCGCUGAUGAAGCCGCUCCUCAUAUGAAGGCGAGGGUCGCCAUCCAGGAAGGGAAUGGCGAGCCCGCUCGCUAGCUCAAGACGCUCGGCGUUGAGGAGGCCGGUCUUGAGAUGAAGGAUCACGUUGAGACCGGGGGGUCUGCCGUGAUCUGAGGACGACGGCGCUGAUGAGGCCGCUCCUCCUAUGAAGGCGAGGGUCGCCAUCCAGGAAGGGAAUGGUGAGCCCGCUCGCUAGCUCAAGACGCUCGGCGCUGAGGAGGCUGGUCUUGAGACGAAGGAUCACGUUGAGACCGGGGGGUCUGCCGUGAUCUGAGGACGACGGCGUUGGUGAAGCCAGUCGUCUGAAGACGAAGGGGGCGGAGCCGGUCCUAUGAUGAGGACGGUGAAGCCGUACCUAUAAUGAAGGAAGACGUUGAGCGCUCGUCUGAUCCGCAUAUAUGAUCUUGCUUCGUCCAUAAUGCAUAGUAUUUGCCUGAUAUGUACUUAGCCAAAUAUGUGGCUUGAUUUGUGGGGAUUUCAUUUUUAUUGCUCGAGACCGGCGAGUGCUCGGUCCUCGGCUUCCCUCUUUUGAUUUGUGGGGAUUUCGCUCGAGGCCGGCGAGUGCACGGUCCUCGGCUGUCCCUCUUUUAAUUUGUGGGGAUUUCGCUCGAGGUCGGCGAGUGCACGGUCCUCGGCUGUCCCUCUUUUAAUUUGUGGGGAUUUCGCUCGAGGCCGGCUAGUGCACGGUCCUCGGUUGUCCCUCUUUUAUUUCUUCCUCUACUGCUAUGAGCGAGGAGUGGGGGUCCUUCUUUCAGGCUCGACCGAGGGGGUUGCUAUUCCCUCGGCCGAUAGGGAGUCCAGGAGGGCAACUGUCCGGCCUCUGGCGCUGGCGCGUCCCUAGACCUUGGGGGGUCCCGUCGUCUAUUUAUGGCGUGGGCUAGGCUUUUGGUCGGUUACCGACGGAUGCCGUUUCCCAACCCCAAGUGUGGGGAUUUUGUCACCUCGGCCAUUCUUUCAGGCCUGUCGUAAUGCGAUUUAGUGCGAAGACGACGCGGUGAGCUUCCCAUUUCAAGACGUGGGCCGUUUGCGGGCCCCUCACCCUGGAACAUCGUCGGCCAUGCCUGAGCGUUUCGCUCGAAGGGGCCAGGACGAUGUGCUGUUUUGUGUGGCGUCGUCGGCCAUACCUGAGCGUUUCGCUCGAAGGGGCCGAAGCGACGUGCUUUGUUGUGUGGCAUCCUUUACUUAAACUUUACAAGAAAUAAGCAGAACACAAUAGGUGCGUUGUUUAUGGCAACGGCUUUUAUUAGGGUCAGUGGCUCGAGGCCGAGGGGGUAACCUUCUGAACAACUCGUACAAGAGUUAGCUUCCCAAUGAGUUUCUGACCUUGGGGUGGGGGCUCUGCCGUCGGCACCCUCUUCGGAUUGCUGGUAGAACUUCACCAUGGAGGCCCAGCCGUCGGCCGUGCGCCCCUUCGAGGAAGGACGCAGUCAGCGGAUGUGACGCUUCUUCAGUUGGGGCUCCUCGAAGUCCUCGUCAUCGCUGAGCUUCCCAAUUUCAUGCUUCUUCGUUGAGGUGUCCCCUUCCUGAUUGCCGGCGGAGUUCCUUGAGGUAACUUUGACAAAUUGGUGGAGUUCACCCCGUUGAAUCAAGCGCUCAAUGGCUUUCUUCAGCGCGACGCAGUCGUCUGUAUUGUGGGAGGUGUUCUUGUGGUAACGACAAUAAGUGCCACCCUGGUGGACAGCGUAGACUUCAGUGGCUGACCGGGGAUCUUUAGGGAUGAGACCUUGCUCCUCCGCAUAGUCAAAGAUGGUAUCCACCGAGUGCGUGAGCGUAGUCCUUGGGACGUCCGUCCUUGGCUGCCAUGGGCGCUCCUUCCGAUUUCGGCGGGCAUGGCCCCCGGCCGAGGAUGCGUUUGGAGCCGACGCCUCGUCUGACCUCUUUGAUGGUUGGCCUACAUCCUUCUUGCGGGAGUGGAGCUCAUCGGCGUCAGCGUACAAGCUCCCUCGUUGGAGUGCCUUGGUGUAUGACCUUGGCGGGUCAGUGAUGAGGCUCCUCGCAUAGGGGCUGCUGCGGAGAACACCUUGGAAGAGGACGAGGAGGGUGCGCUCAUCGGCACCUUCAACCUCGUCUGUCUCCUUCGUCCAUCGGUCGAUGAAAGACCGAAGUGAUUCAUCGUGUUGCUGCUUGAUGGAGAGGAGGUGGGAGAAAUGUUUUUUCACGCGUUUCCUUCCGGCGAAGUGGGUGAGGAAGCGUUGGGCAAGAUCCUGCCACGAAUCUAUGCUUCCUUCGGGGAGCGCGUUGAACCACUCGUACGUUGGCCCUUCAAUAGUGGAAAGGAACCAACGGCAGAGGUAGUCAUCUGAUGCGUUCACCAUCAGCAUGUUGUUUUGAUAACGGCUGAAGUGCUCCUGGGGGUCAGAGCGGCCGUCAUAGGGCUUGAUGGCAUUCCCUCGGUACUUCUCGGGUAUUGGGGCCGAGAGCACCCUCGUGGUGAAGGGAGUUUUUGUUCUGAUUUGGAUGAUGGGGUCACCACGUCCGUCGGCCAGCUCCCUCUCCAGGGCGCUGACCUUAAGCAUGAGUGCGUGGUAACCUGGACCCUCGGAUGAGUUGGCCGUAGGGAUGGUGGCCGCUUGUCUAGCCUCCAUCUGGGCCAGUCUCCUUUCCAGCUGGGCGAUGACCUCGUCCCGAGGGUCCUUGGCGGCCGUAGUGGCGCCUUGCUGGUUGCGCACGCGAGCUUCUUGAGUCGUGUUGAUUCGAUGACGCGCAUUGUCCUCGUGCAAUUUUCCUUUGCCUUUGUCGAGGCGGGGCCGAUCCGCUGUCCGGGAUACGGACCCCAAGCUUUUCCUUGGUGAGCCAGGCUCACGUUCACCAAUCCGUCCCGCCAUCCUCUCCGAAGCAGGCCGACGACGCGUGUCACCUAGCCUAUUAAAGGCUGAGGCUUUUCCACGCGCUGGGGCCGGUCCAGCUUAAAGUGGGGAAGCAGGGUGGGAGUGGGAUGACGACGUGUCCUGGGGCACCACCCCUUCGUCGUUGCCCAUCCUGAUGGCCAAUGGCUGGGGAUGAGGAGGCGGUGUAGUGUUCUCCCCAGUCCUUGGCAUGAGUGCUCUGAGGACGGUGGGGUUCUGGGCCAAGCUGGCGAUGAUGGCCGAGAGCGCGGCCUGAAGCUGAGGGUCAACGGCAGGAGAGGCCGGUUGCGCCGAGGCAUUGUCACCUUUCUCUGCACGCUUCUUGUCCAAGCCGAUGCGGGCGUCAGGGGCGCCGCCGUUGAGCUUGUUGCGCAGGUCACCUGCGAGGUCGAUGGCUUCCUGGAAGACAUCCCCCUCGGCGGCCUUGUCGGCCGUGGCGUCCUCCUCGUGUUCCCUGUUCUCCUGAUCCUCAGGGAUGGCCUUGCUGACGAGGUUGCGGUUUGACCUAGUUCUUCCCAUGAUCAGUGGUUAGCUGUGCUUGGUAGCGACGAAGGAUGCUAACUUGAUUGUUCUAGCUCUCGACGAGAGCACCAAAUGAUGGAGUAUUAACUCCUAGAUUCUAGAGAGAAGUGAGAGCUAGAGAGAGAAGUAGUAUAUUUGCUUUGUAUUAGUGAAUUCUGAACCCUUACAACUACUCCCAAGGGGAGUAUUUAUAGAGAAAAUUAGGGCUGGGCUCCCAAGUCUUGGGCUUGGGAGGCCCAUUUACAAUAGGGGCACUAAUGGGCCGGAUACAAAGUGUAUAGAAAUGAUAAGUAUAAAAUCCCGUUCUAGAGGUUAUCUAUGGAUGACGAGGGCAUGGCCGAUGAGGGCAUGGCCGAUGAGGUCACCCGGUUCUCCUGACUUCUGGAUCAUAUUCUGGGUGGCCUUCUUUCUGGCCGAUGAGGGCAUGGCCGAUGAGAGCAUGACCGAUGAGGUCACCCGGUUCUCCGGGCUUCUGGAUCAUAUUCUGGGUGGCCUUCUUUCUGGCCGAUGAGGGCAUGGCCGAUGAGAGCAUGGCCGAUGAGGGAACCCGGUUCUCCGGGCUUCUAGAUCAUAUUCUGAGUAGACCUUUUCCUGGCCGAUGAGGGCAUGGCCGAUGAGAGCAUGGCCGAUGAGGGCACCCGGUUCUCCGGGCUUCUGGAUCAUAUUCUGAGUAGACCUUUUCCUGGCCGAUGAGGGCAUGGCCGAUGAGAACAUGGCCGAUGAGGGCACCCGGUUCUCCGGGCUUCUGGAUCAUAUUCUGAGUAGAUCUUUUCCUGGCCGAUGAGAGCAUGGCCGAUGAGAGCAUGGCCGACGAGGUCACCCGGUGAUCGUGGUACCUUCUGUUCUUCUGAGUAUGUGGGUCUUGGGGCCUAGACCCAUAUACUCCAUCAAGUAUAUUGAUGAAAUUUACUAUGAAUACAAGUGUGUUGUUGAGUUUUCUAUCAAGAAUCAUCUCACUUUCCUCAGUCGAUCUUGUUCUAUUUAAACUAAAAUCCUCUAGCUAAUGGUCUAAUUGUCCACAGGAAAAGCUCCCCACUUCCUCCUUUUAUGCAGUUGGUUGCUCAUUCUUAUUCGAAUUUGAACUCAUCCCCUGCGGCCUGCUUUUUCGUUACUUGGGCUGCAAUCCUUCACGAGAAUAAAUUAUAAGAACCUGUAAAACAUUCUCCUAGGCAUGGACCACCCGCAUCGAUAAUUUUUGGCCCAACAUACAUGUGAGAAUAACCGGUGAGAAUAAAAAUAUCCAAUGAAGUUCAUAAAAUAAAGGCGAGAAUCACUUUAUAAUUAUUUAAAAUAUUUGGGCAAAAGUAACAACACGAGUAUCAGAUAAAAAGAAAAAACAUUACUAAAAAAAGUUUCUCGUAGAACAAUGUGAAACAAAUCAUCAAUAAUCGCUUCAUAGGCAACUUUCUUUCGAAUAAUAAAUAUGACAAACAAUAAAAUUAUCACAUAUAACAACACUGAACUUUCUUUUGAAAGGAUAAAUAAAAAAAUAUUACUAUAUAUUGAAUUCAUAAGUUGAGAAUGAUUUAUUGAUCGCUAAUGGGAGUCUAACGUUUGAAGAUUCGAAAGAAUGAAGGUUUUCAAAGAGACAAAAUAUUUGACCGCCAAGAAGACGCGCGCAAGAAGUCUGCCAAUUGGACGUCCUCUAAAACUACUACUAGGAACUCAGAUAUAGUUUAUUGAAAUUUGGAAACAAAUAAAUAAUUGGGAUGAAAUUUGAGAGAGAUAGGCUCGAAAAUAAUUAUAUAAAUUUGUUAUGUUAUAAUUAAAAUGAAUAAAAAGCCUUAAAGGCUAAAUAAAUGUGAAGACUGAAGAGACGUGUCUUUUAUUGAUGCAGCAACAAUUGUAUUGCUUUUAAAAACUACAUCCGAUCCUACUUAAAAUUAAUGUAUAUUUUCUUUUAUAAACUUGACUCUGUUUAAGACUUUUUAUUUACAUUUUAAAUUUUCAAAAUGUCAACAACUCAACAUAAUUAAACAUUAGACCUAAUUAAUUGAACCUAAAAAUAUAAUAAAAAAAGAAGUCUACUCACACUAUAUAUAAAGAAAAAAAUGGGCAUAUUUUUUGUUCUAUUUUUUUCGGGCCUAAGGCAGUCGCCCUUCUUGUCCCCCAGAACCGGCCCUGGAUGAGACAGAAGUGUAGGCGCAAUAUUUUGUAACAAGUUCUACAGAAUUGAUAGCCCAUAAGGGAAGCGACACAAUGAGCUAAAGAAAAUGGUUGGCAAACAGUUAUCAUUGAAUCAGGCGCUCAACAAAUUAAGAAUAGUGUACAACGAUCAACGAAUUAGGUCGAGUGGUGGGAGAUUUGGAACAAUGGACCAAGUUUCGAAUCCCCGCAGCGAUCGAGUGGAGGUCACAGAAUCUGAAAUAAGGUUGGGCCUCUGAUGCGCACGGGUGUAUGGACCUACUGCCAUUCUGCUGACUGAGUCACCGUGACUAACCUCUCCAUCAUCCUGUCCGGUCGGGGUGGGAGGCUCCUGAAGUGGGAGAUUACACAUUUUGGAACAAUCAACCAAUAAGGUUGCACAUGCGUUACCUAAGCAAGCUAUUUGUGAGUUCGAUACUCUGAUUAUUCUUGAUUUAUCUGAGAUUCAACCAUUUUGUAUUCGUGAUAUCCUCUUGAGGGAUAAUUAAUGAAUUUAUGUUUAUUUAAAAAAACUAAACUUGCCUGAUGGAUUGAUACAUAAUUUUUGUAACCGAGAAGCGAGUUCAUUUUGUUUUAUACUUAAAUCAUUGGAGCAUGUAAUUGUUUAUUGUCA